UCAGUGUCUUCCCGGGAUUGAAGAUGUAAGGGUGUACAUCUACUCUCUCAGGACUCGCUGUGACUCGACUUGACGAAUUGUGAUUUUCCUUGUUUUUUUCAUUUUCCUCGUUUGUAUUGAUAUUCAAGUGAUUUGCCUGAACAAGAACAUAAAACUUAAUUAUUUGGGUAUGCAAUCCUGUCUGUUAUUCAAAGAAAAACGCUUAAUUAAGUUGUGUUAGUGCAUAAACAUUUUAUUAGAAAGUGAAAAUUCCGUCUACUUGCGACACUUACAGUGGAUAAUGUUUAGUUUGGUGCCUGAGUGAACGAGGUAAUUUGUGUGACGUAACCACAAAGUGCGUGACAAACAAGGGAGCACUUUUACUAUUUUUACCAACUCAAAUGAACAACAACAUGCGCCGAGGCAUGUGAGAAAUGACGUAUAGUUGAUCUAGCUCUACUUUGAACUUCUAAGAAACCAACACAGAGCAAGAGAAGAAAGAAAAUCAAGUGUUGGGGGGGAAAAGGCGAAACUAUGUCGGCGUCGAAGUAAACUCGCAUGGACGCUGAAGGAAGGGACGGGUAAAUGUGUCAUCGCACUGCCGUCAUGUUGGAGAAAAUUUAACGUAAGGAAGCAUUGGCAUGAGACUAGCGCCGCUCCAGCUGCGUCCAGUCAGGCGGGCCCAGGUGCUGCUGUGGCGGUUGAGCUGGUGAAAAUUAAGUAGGAGGAUACUUACUAACCUACCAACCGAUCGUCUAGCCAGCCAGCAGGAGCAAUGGAACGCCCAUGGAUGGUGUGGCUAUUGCUGGCUGUUAUGCAUGGCAGUAGUCCGUCAGCGCUGGCUUUGCAUACGGCACAAUGUUCAGCUCCGCUUGGAAUGCAGUCGAAGGCGAUUCCAGAUGAACACAUAUCAGCGUCAUCUUACUUCGAUGCUGCAGUCAACGCUAUAUAUGCAAGGGCUCACUCGGAGAUGGGCGGAGGAGCCUGGUGCCCCAGGGAGAUGGUCUACCGGGAGGGCACCGAGUACCUGGAGGUCAACCUCGGGGGACUCCACAUCGUCACCAAGGUGGAGGUCCAGGGGAGGUUUGGAAACGGCCAGGGGCGCGAGUUCGCCAGGAAGUACAAGCUCCAGAUAUGGCGACCUGGGCUGGAGCACUGGGUCACCUACACCGACGGAAGGGGCGAGGAGCUGUUAGAAGGGAACACGAACACGUACCUAGCCAAGAGUUCGCAGUUGAGCCCACCCGUCGUAGCGACGCGGGUACGCUUCGUCCCCUACAGCGAUCACCCGAGAACUGUCUGCAUGAGGGUGGAACUCUACGGGUGCAGAUACUUAGACGGCCUCGUAUCCUAUUCAAUGCCCGACGGCGAUGUCCGCGGUGGAGGCGGCGCCCUUCGUGACCUUACCUACGACGGGUCACGGAAGGACGGGUAUCUGACGGGUGGCCUCGGUCAGCUCACCGAUGGCGAGACCGGGCACACGAAUUUCAGGGUGGAUGCCCUGGGCAAAGGGAGGGGGUACGAAUGGGUGGGCUGGAAGAACGACACCCGAGGGAAGAAGCCCAUCGAGAUAGUGUUCGAGUUCGACACCUUCAGGAAUUUCUCGACUCUGCACAUCUACGCCAACAACUUCUUCACGAAAGACACCCAGGUUUUCUCCCACGCCCGUGUCCUUUUCAGCGCUGGGGGGAAGUACUAUCACGUCCUGCCGUCCGUGGAUUACGAGUACGUGGUUGACCGCAUCUUUGAAAACGCGCGCAACGUGACCAUAAACCUCCACAACAUGGCUGGAAAAUACGUAAAGCUCCAACUCUUCUUCUCCCUCAAGUGGAUGAUGAUUUCGGAGGUCGCUUUUGACUCGGUGCCUUGCCGUUGCGAGCUGACAGAAGAGGAGCCACCCAUUCCAGUGCCUACAGAGAGAUCAGACAUGGACGGACUUGGGAACGAGACUGCACCUUCUAUUUCGGCUCAGGAGUCACCUUCGUCAGUGCUGCUGGGUGGCCUGGUUGCUCUUGGGAUCAUACUAGCUAUGAUCCCCCUAGCCGUGGGCGUUGUGUAUUACCGCGGCAGGAUGAUCAAAAAGGCCAACAAGAAAUCUCCACCAUCACCUGAUGGUGGCCUUGAUGCCAAGAAGGUCUCCAUGAAGAUGAAAGAUGUGCACAUCAAUGUCAAUUUGACGCCCAUGUCUAAUGGAUAUUCAAGGGCCAAAGGAAAGCUGUACGGCCAUGUCGCCAUGGAUGACGAGACAAUGGCCAUGUACCAGAAGCCUUUCAAGGGACCCAUGCAUAAUGAUGGGUACUACACUCUUGCUAGGGAUGGGACACCCUCAGAAAUCCCCUUGAAAUGUCCACUUCCUUUGGACACAGAUGACUCUGUGGAUUAUGCUGUGCCUGAUAUGAAUGUAACGCCCCCACCUCCUUUUUCUGAGGUAUAUACUCCACCCCCACCUGUUCCACUUACCCUGCCACCUGUUUCACUUCCAGCCUCUCGAACACAUCGAGAAGCAUCAUUGCCACCACCUGUGCCUCCACUCCCACCUCCCCCAGAGCAAGAAUAUUACGCUGCACCUCUUCUCUGUCAGUCUUCAGACAUCCAGAGUGUAACUGGUACUGUCAAAUAUUCUUCAUUGGAUUUAUCUAAGCUAGGCAAUGGCCGACAAGUACCAGAGGUGUCGAGGAAUCACAUACGUAUCAUAGAAAACCUUGGAGAUGGUGCCUUUGGUUCAGUUCAGCUAUGUGAAGCAAAGCACAUUGCAGGAAAUUCUUCAGGUCUUGUGACGAUGAAAAGCCUGAAGACUGGAGCAUCUGAAGAUGUGAAAGAAGACUUUCAACAGGAAUUCCGAACACUUAGUCAAGUCGAUGAUCCCAACAUCGUGAAGUUGCUAGGAGUUGUUACCUCUGAACCCAUUGGCUUGAUCUUUGAGUACAUGGACUACGGCGAUUUGUACCAUUUCCUCCAGAGACACAUCUUAGAGGGAGUAGGCAGUCAGAGCUCACUUGGAUCCUCGAUGAAUAUAGGGGACCCACCUGUUCUGAGUUAUGGAGCAUUAGUCUACAUUGCAUCUCAGAUUGCCUCUGGCAUGAAAUACCUCGAGUCACUGAGUAUAGUCCAUCGGGACCUUGCAGCUAGAAACUGUCUGGUUGGAACUGAGCUCACUAUAAAAAUAGCUGACUUUGGAAUGAGCAGACCACUAUAUUCGCGACAUUACUAUAGAUCGAACAGCGAUAACCGCUCCCUGCUGCCUAUCAGGUGGAUGGCUUGGGAGUCGGUUCUCCAGGGGAAGUUCACCACCAAGAGUGACGUGUGGUCCUUUGGGGUGACCCUCUGGGAGGUCCUGACAAUGGGCCGUCAGCAGCCUUAUGAUAAGCUCAGCGAUGAAGGAGUGUUGGAGAACCUGUCUCACUGCUAUCACGGCGAUGGCACGGGCAUGAUGCUUCUGCCGCAGCCGUCCUUGUGCCCGCGGGAGAUGUAUGACAUGAUGACAGCCUGCUGGAGGCCUAACGAGAGACAGCGCCCUCCCUUCUGGGAGAUCCUCAUGUUCCUUCAGAGGAAGAAUCUCGGCUACUCUCUCGAUUACUUCCUUUAAUCGGAAUUAAAUACCCUUUUGAGUGUGUAUGGCGAUAUUUUACAUUGGGUAGUGACAAGAUAUUAUCGGAGUACUUGAGUGAUACUUUUAUUUAAUAUUGUACAGAACAUUCGCCUACAACGAAAAUUUGAUAGCUGUUUCGGUGUUAUGUGCAUUUAGGUGUCACAUGCAUAUAAGUGCUGUUUUUAUUUGGAUGAAAUACUAAACAUAUAACAAAUAAAUAUCGAAAACCGCCGUUACGGUAAAUCAAGUAUUAAUUGCUAGUCAUAUCUGGACCUGAAGAAAUCGGAAGAAUUUAAAGUGAUAUAACUCUACUCAAAUUAAUUUAUUGUGUUAUUACAAACUAAAAGAAAACAUAUGAGGACUUCAAUUUCGAUACAAGCGUUGAAAAAUAAGCCUAAUGAACAUUAUUUUAAUCCAAACUCAUUUGAUCCUGUGAAAAUCUAGAGGGCAGUUUGAAUCUUUUUUAUCUCAAUCGAAAGGACAAAAGAUAAAAACUGAGCGAGUUGCGAUUUGUGAAUAUUCUGGACAAAAUAUUUGAAAAUAUAGCGGUGAGUUGAGUUUUAAAAGUAUGGACUGAACAAAAUAAAUCACAGUUUUAGAGACAAUUUACAUGUGAAUACGUUGAAAACAUUGCCUUUUUCUACUCAAAAUAGUUUCGUAGGUCAAAGUCAAUCUCUCUUUUGAAGACUGUUGUGCUGUUACUCUUUUUGGUAAAAGUGGGUCCUAAUCCCAGAGGGAUAGAGCGACCUGCGUCUCGAAAGAAGGAAGACUAUAGGGGGCAAUCAGCGACCAAAAUGCUUCCACAGCCUCUUUCAGCAGACCCGAUCUUUCUUAGGAAUCAAGUUCUGCAGAUAGAUACGACGCAGUGGUAUGACAUCACAGUCUAACAGCUGAACGUCUGCAAUGGAACUCCAUGUAAUAUUCAGUGACGUUACUUAGAUUUCUCUCUAAAAAAAAAAAAGUUUAGAUGAAUUUUCAAUGAAAAAGUGACUUUUGGAAGUACUCGAAGUGAUGCAAAUAUACUUAGAAAAAGAAGAAAAUAACUAUGUAUUUGAAGGCGAUUUUUUUUCUUUCAUAAGUGAGAUGUGAAAGUACCCAAGUCAACUGUGCGCAAGACUCACGACCUACCCCCUACCCCUAACCCCCCGCCUACCUUCCCUCCCGCCGGACCCAGGAGGCAUCCGACAGGGUGGUAUUCCCUGACCAUUCUCCACAGCUGACAACCCCAUCUUAGGUAAUCACGUAUUGUCAAAACAGAGCAGAAAAAAAGGUGAUUGGUUCUUUUUGCUUACUUUGUUUCGUGCUAUUUCACUUUUCAGUGAGUAGUUUAAUACUAUUUGAACGAGAUGUGUUUACGCAAAUACGAACCUGAGUGAGUUUUGGAUGUUUAUUCUCUGAAAUAAAAAAUGCAGAAAGAAAAUUAUCUAUAAAGUUAAACUGUACAUCUACUGAAACAGUUUUACCAAUGGAAAUUACACGAAAUAAUCAAUGAUGGAAUAUAAUAUCAUAGCCAAAAAUAGAUUAAUAUGCUAAGAACGCCUCUAUUAAAUAAAAUACCCAUAAGUCAAAUGAGAGAAAAACGGAUAUCGUAAAAAUGAAAACAAUCAAUUCACAUAAAAAACACUCAUGAAUAAAAAAAAACUUCUAAACUUGCAGUUGAGAAAUAAAGUGACGUGAUAAUUUCAUAAACGAUCUGCGUCUGAGCCUUCUAUUUUAUCUUUGUACAGUGGUUUUUUUUAUUAUUAUUCAUUAUUUAGCAUCACGCAUUUCCGUGUGUACCGUAGAUGAUCUGUGUUAAUACAAAGAUUCCUAAUCUUAAACGCAAUUUGUGAUGUAAUUUAUACGUGUAUAUCUGAGCAUUGAGUAGGCAUUAGUUAUAUGAGUUAUUUUCUUCUCUUUAUCUAUAUGUACAUAAAUAUGAAAGGAAGGAGAGAGAGAGAGAGAGAGAGAGAGAGAGAGAGAGAGAGAGAUUUUUUGGUGCAUUGUUUGAGCAAUAAUGUGGUCAUUGUAAAAUAUUUAAAAGUUUCUCCUGUGAAAUCUCAGUAUGCCAAAUAUCUAUGCUUACAUUAGGGCGCCCGAUAU